GCGGAGAAGAACGGACAGCGGAUCAAUGGAGAGGAGGUUAUACUUUCACCGCGAGAAGCAGCAGGGAGUGAAGAAGUUAUUGAUGAUGAGUUCGCUGGAUGAGAUUGACACGGUCGAGCCACUGAGACGGGCCUUUCGGCAGCCCAUGCAGUGCUCUAUUCUGGAAUAUCUGGCAGCAUCCAAGCUGGCUCGCGACAAGUUACAGAUGAUCACGCGGAAUACUCGCAUACCUCUAUCGGAGGAGGUUCACGUGGCCCUUAAGGCGGAUGCUCCUACUGUAGCACUAUUAGAGGUGACAGCUAGAGCAGAUCGCAUGGCGACAGUUCUUCUUGAUGGGAUGGAAGGCGUGUUUCCAGACAAGUUUUACAUACUUGGAAGUGGGACCGUGGAGGCGAUCCUAAACGACGGAGCGGUUCUAGAUGCUGUGAUCGAUAACGGCAGUGAGGCUGUCAUUAUAGACGAAGAUCUGGCAGAGCAAGUUGGACAGGGCCUCGAUAGGUCAUACCUAUUUGAGAUAGAGACGACUGAUGGGAGAAAGCAACAGAUCACAGGGGUUUGUCACAAGGCAGCCAUAGAGGUCCAAGGGGUACGAGUGACCCUGCCAGUCUUUGCAGUCAAGAACUGCAACUCUGACCUGCUCUUAGGACGGACGUGCGACUACGUAUAUAUAGAGGGCUUCAUCGAGUGAUCCUAUGCCCUGUGCAAGAGAUCUUCCCCUCACUGGCACUUCCUCUUUCUCACUCUCGGUCCUUCUGCUGCCCUCCGUGCUUUCUUUCUCCUUACCAUUGAUUACUAUUGCCUGCCCGAGUUCUGUGUCCUCCCAGCGGUGGGCUUGCAUCUGGGUUGUGCACGUGUGUACAACGCUGCGACGUUACGGUAGUGUAGCACUCAUGGCCGCCUUCAUGGGCAAGCCCGGUGCAAGCUCGGUGAUGGCUGCUGCCUUGCUGCUGACUGUCUUGAUAUCUCUGUCGUUAAAGCGUGUGAUGGGUGAAUGCAACUUCAGGGGCAGCGGAGGCCCAGCGACGAUAUCGGACGGUGAUAUUUGCUGUGAUGGACCUAUCGUCCACAACGUGGACGGUGUGGAGAAAACGACACGUUUCGUUAACACUGGGGCCUGCGCCUAUGGUCCUUGCUCGGGUGGUAACUGGAACUAUGCCAAGUGCGGUCGGAACUUCUACACCUCAGGAAGCCGUGUCUGCAGGAGAAACCUGCACGAGCCAGUUUAUGGCGAGUGCGUCAUAAUAGAAAUCACUCAGGCUACGUACACAGACAACACCAAUUGGAAGGGGGAGGACUGUAUCAUCAUCAGGACAAGCCCAUGAACAUGAUGAGGAUCAAAUAUGCGAGGUUCUUCCAAGCCUCACAAGUCACGUCGGAGAAGUCUUAUAAGUCACGUUGGUGAAGUCUCAUAAGUCACGUUGGUGAAGUCUCAUAAGUCAUGCAGGUGCAGUCUCAUAAGUCACGUCAGAGAAGUCUCAUUGGCUUGUCACGCAGGCAAGGUUUUUUUAAAAGUCAAGAUCAAUUCCUCAAAUUGAGUGAGAGGCGCGGAGAAGAUUUUGACCGCGAUCAUAGUCAUCCAUCCACCAGUCAUUCAGUGCAAACCAGGAACUUCAAGAGAGGAGGAGAGGGAGAUCCUCCUCUUCUUUUAAAUGUGUUCGUCCUUGGCCUGCUCUGCUCCUUCUUUGUCCGCUCGUAGAACAGUGAGCAUGACAGGCGGAUGCUGGGAAGAAGUUAAUGAAAUCGGUACGGAGGACGGGAAGAUAGAUGGGGAGGAGGGGGAGGCAAUGGUGAGGAGGAGGGGGAGGAGGAAUGCAGGAAGACAGAGAGGAAGAGCCUAGGAGGAGGAGGAGAAGGAGGAAAAGGGAAACAAGACGGUGGUAUGGGACCGACAAGCACCUCCUCUCCUCCUCCUCGUCGUCCUCCUCCUCGUCGUCCUCCUCCCCCUGCCCUUUUGCAGUAGCUUGAUGUCCCCUGGGAUGCAGUCAUCUCUCUUUUUAUUUUCCAUUCUUGACUGAAACCCAUCGUCGUCAGGUAAGAAUAAAAAUAAAAGGGAAAACUGACCGUGGGUCACAUUCUUAGCUCGAAAUGAGCAGAAAAAAACAGGUACCAGGGGCGGCGUCCAGACUCGGCAAAAAAUGAAUUCAAACUCGUCUU